UUCUUCCGCCCUCCAUCCUCUCCAAGUUGCCCUGCUGACCAUCCCCAUCCCUUUCACUCUAAGCUCAAAUAUGGGCAAUCUAGACGAAUUUGAGUCAACCCUAAAGGAGGUGGUUGAAGCUAAACGGUUGUCAGCCUCCAAGAUGACACGAUUGACAGAGAUCGCGAAGAACUCAUUUGAGCAUGAUGCUAAACUUGUUGCCCUCCUUUAUCGAACACACAAGUCCUUGCCUGAGAGCUCUAAAGUCUCUAGUCUGUACGUAUUUGAUGCGCUGGCUCGAGCUGCUAGGAGCCACGCUACCAAGCGCGGAAUUACUGGCGAUUUCAACACACAACCGGGUAACGCCGUUACCUUCUUACUGAAGCUUGAAGGCGUUUUGGACGGCCUUUUUCAAGACAUGGUCUCGUGUAAUGGCAUAGAAUCAAAGGAAAAGUCGAAAAAGGUUCUUGACAUAUGGGUCAAGUCGAAUACAUUUCCUGACGAGGUCCUUACACGGUUGACGGGUAUUGUAACGGGGAGCCGAAAAGUAGAGAGCGCUGUUCCGGGAACGACGUCCACUCCUCCCGUCCCAAAUUCCCCACACCAGACAGCAACCCCUACACCGCCACCGCCUGCCGCUGCCCCAAGCGUGCCCACAGAUAAUUCAGUACAAAAUACGUUACUUGCUCUACUCAGUCAAGCAGCUCAUGGCCCUGCUUCCUUCUCAGCACCUUUAUCACAAAACCCUGACGUCGCAUCCCUGGGAGCACCCCAACUCGCAUUGUUACAACAACUCGCCCUUACAGCGCAGCUCGGCAACGCAAACUCCUCUCACCUACCUAUUUCUCCGCCUACAAGUCAAUUUGCAGUGUCCAAUGGAGUAGCUACAGACCAUCCUGCACAAAACUCACGACCUACACAACUCACUUCAGAAACAAGCCGUCGAGACCCUAGGGUAUCAAGAUUUACGGACCGCGACACAAGACAACUAGAUGACUCCCCCAACCACCAUGGCAGUUACAGAGGUGGAUAUCGAGGCCGUGGCCGUGGCAGAUGGGAUGAUCACCAUUCGUACGGAGAGCGCAAUGGACGGUCCCCUUUGCGACGGGACCGUUCUAGAAGCCCUCAGAGGUCUUCAGCUACUCGUGACCCCCGUUCCUACCAUUCUCCCCACAGACCAUCUAGCAUAAGGUCUCCUAUAGAAGAUCGAAACCGCGAAUCAGGGAAAGACGAAUUCGGUCGAGACCUGCGCCAGUCUUCCACAACUCCUACCGAUUCCUCCACGCCCGAUGAUACUCGAAGACCUUCCGUGACAGCGAAUGCAUCUCAGAUGGACGCUACACCUUCUAAUGCCCGCGAUAAUCAUAGACCUGCUGUAUCAGAACACGUACCCUCGGUAACUGCAAAUACAUCUGCGCGCCCUGUAGAGACGCAGAACGCCGGCUCUACGCCAGCGCCAGUGUCGACGUCACUGCCGUCGUCCGAGCCAGGAUUAGACAAGUUUGAUAUCACUACCUUUGAUUUCACUUUACCAUCGUCGUGGGAAGCACUAGGAAAGAAGUGGCAGGUCACCUACGGCUACUCACCAUCACAAGAGGAAUUAAUGCAAUUUGUCAUAACGAGUGGCGCGAGUCUUGCAUCGGGAGUGCCGACCUCCGAAGCUACGACACAAACCAACGGGUACGCAAGCACCCAAUGGAAUGUGAACGGAGGCAGUGCAGGCGGAACGGCAGGACGAGGAGGCAGAGGCAGAGGAGGGUUUGCCAGGGGAGGAGGACGCGGACACGGCAACUACCGAGGGAACAUGCACGCAAGCUACGCAAGCGCCCAAGCUCAUUCAAGUUUCCAGGACCACUCGGACGCAGUGGUCUUAGGUGGUGAUGGUGUACAGUCUGACGGCGGGUUUCAGGACGAUGGAGAUACUGUCAACUUGAUGCAGGGCGAGGGAUCCGGGAGCAGCGGCGGCAGGAUGCAGAGAGUAGGAGACAGGUGGAUGUUCGUGAAGGAAUCCUCGGCUGUACAGGGAGCAUAGGUUCUACUACGGUUGGACUCGAUGAGGAUGCCAUGACAUCUGCUUUCUCUGCGUCUUUAUGAUAUAUUUUGCUCCUACUACUGUUUACGUACGUGCCCGGCUUUAUGAUGAUGGAUCGACGACGUGCUACAGUAUCUUCA